AUGAGCAGUAAAAGUCAAAACGAUGACUCUUUUGAUUCACCACGGAAAGCUGACACCUGUAAUGCCUUCACGUUUCUGAUGAGUCAAUCCAAUAAUAAUAUUGGUAAAAAGAACGAAAAUGGGAGCUCCAAUAACGCAGCCACGAACCGGAAGAAGCCUCUGAAUAAUCGUUCUACUGCUUCCGUCGCUUCUGAAAAGAAGUCUUCGGACGCUUCGCAGCCCAGUCGAUUUGCUUCCUGUCCAUAUUGCUCCAAGUCUAUAUCCAGCGCAUUCAUUCAAGUUCACGUAGAGACAUGCAACUCCAAUGCUGAAUAUCAGCAACAAGAAUACGUCAGACGGGAACGUAAGAAGGCAAAGAUUUUUCACAAACAUCGGGCAAGCAUGCCCAAUACAGUUGUGACUCCUGACAAAAAUGCCUUUACAAAAAUGAUGGAUCAAUCGAAAAACUGGAAUAAUUUUGGUGAGAACAAGUCAAUAAAUGCUGAGAACACUAAUAUAGAUAAUCCAAAUCGAAAGGCCAAGCGACAACAGUGGUUCCACCUGACAAAGGACAUGAAGGUCAUUUGGAUUGCAGAUCGCAGUGGUGGAAAUAUUGAUGGCGACAAUUCUAAUUGUCAGGAAAAGGUGGAUAAACUAUGUGGAGAAAUCCAUUGGUCGUCCUCGAUUCUGAUCCACGCUUCGAAAGUCAAUGAAACCAACCAAGACAACAUUGAAUUGAACAUCACCUCCUCGAUCCCGUCAGCUUCCUCGGCGCAGACUCCCUUUGUGCUACACCAUAGCCGCCUUUCGAUUCCAGUUUUGAAAUCCAUUCUGCAAAAGAGCGUUCGAAGACGGAGACCAUUGCCAUCCGUCAAGGUUGCCAUGGAAAUGGCCGACAAGGGAUUGGGGGAAUUAUUGCGGCGGCUUCCGAUCAUUUGCAUUGAAGACUCGACAUUGCAUCAUGAUUUUCCUUUUCUAGUCUGGCUCAUGGUGGCUCAGUCCAAGCAAUUCCAGCCGACGAGACCCAUGAUGACCAGACUGUUCCGGGCUGUAUUUGAGAUUGCAUCUUGCCCAUGGCAGGACAAUCUAGACAUCCCAAAGGCUUCAGACGACGAUCCAAAACAUAUUUCGCUUACUGCCGUGACGGAAAUCGUAAUUGGGGAAGACAUGGAAGAAAAUAAAGUAUUUCAAACUGAAUGCGACCUUCUGCUGCGAUCGAUUUUGCUGAGGCACAAAUAUGGUGGUAUGGGCUGUGACAUGAGGAUGCUACAAAGAUGCGCCAUGUCAUGGAAGUACCGAUUUACGAAAGAGAAACUCAUGAACUCUCAAUUGGCACAAGCUUGUCUUCCCAAAUAUUGUUCUGAGAAUAGUAGUGGUGGCACGACAUUAUCAAUCAGUUGGAGUCAAGUCCCCAAACUCUUGCAUCCCAUGGAACGAAGCUCCAAAGCAGUACUGCCUCUCCUAGUUAGACCGCUGCCAUACUUGAAAUAUUCAGAUGCCACGCCUGCUGGAGUUGAUUUUCAUUGUUCCAACGUCCUUGACAUGCCUCUUUACAAUAUCAACAUGCAGUCUCAGAUUCAAGAGCUGUAUCAUGGAAGUAGCGAAACCCCCAUCAAACUGCUAUCUGUUCAAGAAAUUAGUGCAAUACUGAAGAAGGCUUGUUGGGAACAUUGUUCUGGAACAAAUUAUCGUCGGACCUUUCGGCAAGCAUUGACUCCAAAGUCAGCCAACCAAGCAGAUACGAUACAGGACAAAGAAAAAGAGCGGAUCAAGCGAGUUUGGGAUUUUGUAUCCCCAAACGUGCAAAAGUUCUCACAAGAAUACUUGGCUCAACGGUUGGUAACCCCACGGUGA